AUGGAGCUUAUACGCAACAUCUCACAAUUGGUUCAGCUAGAUCUCAAACUUGUCGAUGAAAUCACACGAGAGAUAACAGAUACCGAGAUCCCUUAUCAGGUCACGUAUGGAGAGUUCCAAUUUGGAGGCUGGCAUACAGCGGCACUGUAUGUGCCCCAAGGUCAAGACGACAGCGACGCUAUAGUGCGUGACGGCAAGGCAGUUCCAACAGCACUCCUUGACAAGCUGCCAGCAACGCGUGGAUUCCUGGCGCAGCUCGACUUAGACUACUUCACGGUUCGGAUAGCACGCAACGACGUGGACUCGUGGUUGUGGGAACAUCGCGACUAUAUGGAGUUGGACCAGGGCAUGGAAAGAUGCCGACUUCACGUUCCGCUUGUCACCAACGACCUCGCUGUAAUACAGUUCGAAAGUCAUGCUGUUCAUAUGGCCAGAGGGUGGCUCUGGAAAUUGGAUCCCACCAGCAGUCAUGCAGUGUCCAAUACUGGUGGCUCUGGGAGGAUUCAUCUGAUACUGGAUUGCUAUAUGAUGAACUCGAUUCGCUGCAUGGUGAAGUCUCAGCACCUCGACAAGGACCACAUAUUUCCGCUACCGAAACUCCUCGAAACCGAAAGAACGGAACUUCUAGCACAAGCGAGUCAACUAUUCAUGGACGAGGGCCAGGAGACGGCGGAGCAAAGCUUGCUCAAGACGUUCCAUCGAUUUGACCUUGGAGAAAGCUCGAGCUAUGACUUGCUAGUUCAACUAUACAGAAAUGUGGGAUCCAAGGACUACGAGCAGCACUGGCUCAAGGAGCAGAAUAUCCGACUGUUCAAUCGAGAGAAGUUGGAGGUCAUCGAAGCUUGAGCCUGCAAGAUACAUACAUAGCUGCAUUUACUCAACCUGUGGGCGCAAUAGUGGACGCG